AGCAGCCUUCUAGUUUGAGUGACGGGAUCAUUUCCGGCUGCCAUCAUGCCAGUUUUCGACGGUGUGGACUUGCCCUUUGCCGACGAAGCUCCCUCGUCUGCCUCAUCUUCAAGUGUACGUCAGCUGGCGCUGGCUCGAGAAGUGGUGCUGGCGGAGCUGAAGAACAACGCCGAGGCUGCCUCGAUCUGGGAAGAGGCGAGUGCGAAGUCGCUACUGGAGCAGGAACGCAAUGCGGCACUCUACCGAAGCUUCAUCGCCGAGUUGCGGCAGCGCUGCUCACUGGAAGGUCUGAGCAGCUUCUCUCCCAUUUCGGGUUCGGUCCGUCCGUCGAGGGCUGUCAGCAGCACCGGGCCUCUGGAUCUCGUGACAGUGGCUGCUCCUCCCGUGGCGCUGCAGAAACGUGUUGGCGAAGGAGAAGAGGCCACAUCGAACGGCGGUUUACAUGACGUAGGAGUGAAUUUGAUGGCGGAGGAAGAAACACCGCUUCUCCAAUCAUCCGCCCAUGUCUCUCAAGUCAGCUCCGUGGGCGACUCCGCAACGUGGACUCCCCAGCAAGCCGCCUCGCAGUCUUCCCUGGACGGCGUGUUCUUCGAGGCCCUGCUGAGUCAGCAGCUCAAUCUCUCCCUCUCGAUGAGCUGCGCUGACCCGAGCGAGACACUGGAAGAAAUGCUGCGGAACGUGCACCGAGUGGAGAAGACGGUACGCGAGGAAACGUCGUUGCUGGAGUACGUGAAUGCAGCACGUUUUGCGGAGCAGCGCGCCUAUAAACGCCGGCGUACGGAGCUCGAGUCUCAGGUAACCAAGUCGCACGCCAAAGUUGCGUCGCUGGAGAAGUUGCUGAACGUCGGCGCAAGCGAUGUGUUUCCCAAGGCGCCCAACGCGGCGGAACGGCUUCGGCUGCGGCUGCUUGAGUGA